UGUAUCAACCGAUACAACACAACCAGAGACCAUCGACAGCGAGCUCAGGUAGCUGUUUGUUGGUCAGUCAGAGAUCGACGGAGGCUUUGAAGCAGCUGUUGAGACUUUGAAGAUCCAUGGGGAAAGGCCGGGCACCCUGCUGCGCCAAGGUGGGGCUGAACAAGGGCUCCUGGACGCCUGAGGAGGACAUGCGCCUCAUCGCCUACAUUCACAAGUACGGCCACGCUAACUGGCGAGCCCUGCCCAAGCAAGCAGGCUUGCUCCGGUGCGGGAAGAGCUGCCGGCUCCGGUGGAUCAACUACCUCAGCCCGGACCUCAAGCGCGGCAACUUCACCGCCGAGGAGGAGGAGACUCUCAUCAAGCUGCACAACACGCUCGGCAACAAGUGGUCAAAGAUCGCGGCGUGCCUGCCGGGGAGGACGGACAACGAGAUCAAGAACGUCUGGAACACCCACCUCAAGAAGCGGGUGGCGGCCAGCGCCGGCGAGCAGAAGAAGAUUGGCGGGGCCAAGAGCAAGAAGAAGGCCACUCGCAUCAACUCGCCGGUGCCGUCAGCGUCGCCUUCCUCGUCAACGACCACGGCGACAACAAACAGCUCGAGCGAGCAGAGCAACACGAGCAAGGAAGAAACAGAGCUCGAUAAGAUCGAGAUCCCCACGCUGGACUUCGGCUUCGACUUCGACAUGCUGCUGGACACCGUGCCCGAUACGCACUGCCCGGCCAUGUCGGCGCCCACCUCGUCCUGCUCGUCCGCGUCCCCGCCGUGCGUGGUGGACGACGUCGAGGUCGAGCUGCUCGAUCUGCCGGAGAUCGACAUCGUGCCGGAGCUCUGGAACAUCAUGGACGGCGACGGUGGCGCCGGCGCCUGCGUGGAAGCGGCUCAGGCCCCGUGGAGGAAUGCGGCGCCGUGCCACGGCGACGGAAUAGAGGUGGGUGCCGCCACGGCCGACGACGGGAAGGAAUGGUGGUUGGAGGACCUGGAGCGGGAGCUGGGCCUGUGGGGCCCCGUCGAGGACUACCAGUACCAAGCACUUUCGGGUCUCGUGGGCCCGCCCUCUGCCAGCGUGGACGGCCCACUGUCGUGCUACUUCUAA